UUUUUUUCUUCAUUGUUUUGAACAGGUCAAGAUGGCGGAGGAGGAGAGCAGGUUGAAGCACAGGAAUUACUGUGAUAAUAACUGCAAAAACCUUGUCUUGGACGAAGGUAGCUAUUAAACUGUAAGAUGUACAUGGAGUUCAGGACAUGUCCAUUCAGAAAGGCCUAAAAGUUCUGUGUGACGGCGAUGCAAUGCCCUUUGUAGAAGAACAGAAGAUGGCUGAGCCGGUCCAGGUUGUGGUGGCCAACGAGGAUGAUCAUGAGUUUGUUUUAGACGAGGUUACCCUGGAGCGGAUCUUGCUGCAGGAAAACAUCCGAGACCUCAACGUUGUAGUGGUGUCUGUUGCUGGAGCUUUUCGUAAGGGCAAGUCUUUCCUUUUGGAUUUCAUGCUCCGGUACAUGUAUAACCAGAAGUCAGAUUUCUGGCUUGGAGGGAAUGAUGAGCCCCUUACAGGCUUCAGCUGGAGAGGAGGUUGUGAGCGUGAAACAACAGGCAUCCUCGCAUGGAGUGAAGUAUUUGUAGUGGAGAAACCUGAUGGAAACAAGGUUGCUGUUUUGCUUAUUGACACACAGGGAGCCUUUGACAGUCAGUCCACUAUUAAGGACUGUGCUACUCUUUUCGCUUUGAGUACCAUGAUCAGCUCUGUUCAGGUAUAUAAUUUGUCACAAAAUGUACAGGAAGAUGAUCUUCAGCACCUUCAGCUUUUUACAGAAUAUGGAAGACUUGCCAUGGAAGAAGUCUAUUUAAAACCAUUUCAAUCCCUAGUGUUCCUCAUAAGAGACUGGAGUUACCCCUAUGAACAUGCUUAUGGCCUUGAGGGAGGAAAGACAUUUCUAGAGAAAAGGCUUCAGGUGAAACAAAACCAGCAUGAAGAGCUGCAGAAUGUCAGGAAACACAUACACUCCUGCUUCUCAAACAUCAGCUGCUUCCUACUGCCUCACCCAGGCCUCAAAGUUGCCACAAACCCCAACUUUGAUGGCAGACUCAAUGAUAUUGAUCACGAGUUUAAAAAGGAGCUGAUCAACCUUGUUCCAUUACUACUGGCCCCUGAAAACCUUGUUGAGAAGGAGAUCAGUGGAUCCAAAGUCACUUGUAGAGAUCUUGUACAAUAUUUUAAAGCUUAUAUGAAGAUAUACCAAGGAGAAGAACUGCCACAUCCUAAGUCAAUGUUACAGGCAACAGCUGAAGCAAACAACCUUGCAGCUAUUGCUGGAGCCAAGGACACAUACAACAAAAAUAUGGAGCAGGUAUGUGGUGGUGACAAGCCCUACAUUGCUCCCACAGACCUGGAGCACAGGCAUGCCAAGUACAAGCAGGACUCAGUGCAGCAGUUCCGGUCAGUCAAAAAAAUGGGUGGGGAGGAUUUCUGCCGGCGAUAUCAGGAGCAGCUUGAGGCUGAGCUGGAUGAGGCCUAUGCCAAUUUCGUCAAGCACAACGAUGGAAAAAACAUUUUUUAUGCUGCCCGUACACCAGCAACAUUAUUUGCAGUGAUGUUUUCCAUGUAUGUUGCAUCCAUGUUGACCGGUUUUCUUGGCAUAAACUCUGUAGCCACAAUUUGUAAUUUCAUCAUGGGUAUAGCACUGGUGUGUCUGUGCACCUGGGCAUACAUCAAGUACUCUGGCGAGUUCAGAGAAGUGGGCAGCAUGAUUGACCAGGUGGCAGAGCUGUUGUGGGAACAGGUAAGUGUUUUAAAGAUUCUUAUAGCUUUCUGUUUAAUCUUGACUUUCUCUCUGUCCACUCUUUUUGUCUUGAUGGGUCUGACUUUGGCCAAAGUCUAUCUUUGUACACGGUGGAAUUAUAGAGGGCUGAUUUUGAGUCUAACAAACUCAAAAUCAUUUUUGCCUUGUCUUCCUCUUCUAGCUCUUCAGGUCAAUGUCCAUUGACCACGUAGGACAUGCCAAGAAAGACACUAGAAUUUAGAACUUUGUUAUUUUUAACAGAACAAAACCCACUGACAGCCCAUUUGGCUUGCACUUCAUGCUGCUUUACCAAGGGAGUCAAAACAUGGGUAAACCUACAUUUAGGUUAACUUUUCAGAGUUUCUUGCUUUUGAAAAAGACAACUUACCAUCUCCAAAUGUCUAGUGUAUUCCUAUACUAGUGGACUAGAUUUCUACAGAGUCUUGAAAUUGUAAGUGUGAUUUAGAAUAUAAUUUUUUCUCAUUUUUGGAAAAAAAUAUUUCCAUUAAUGACAGACAUCAGUGAUGGAUAAAAUAAUAAUUUUAAUGAGAGUAGAAAUUUACAGAUGAACCUACACCACUAUGCCAAUUUCCAGCAAAAAUAAGGGUUUGUUCAGAAAUAAGAGGAAUGGUACCCAUGAAAUAUUGGUUUAUGCAGCAAUUUUCAUAGUCAAUUUUCAAAGACAUAGAGAUAGACAAGUCAUAAUGGAAUAGGCAUGCAUAUCUCAAAAGUGAAAAAAAAAUAUAUCUGACUGACAUUUUUGUAUGAUAAUUAUAAGAUGUCAGUAUUGUUAAAUGUCUUGUUUUCACCAUUUUGACAGCAACAUUGUGGCUGGAUGUAUCAGAAAGUUAGAUGCAUUCAACCAAAUGACGUUGUCAAUGGACACUGGCCUUUAGAUUGUUAACUCAAUAAAUUUCCCAUCUUUAUUCUUUUUUUCCUUCUCAUCUUUGUGCUACUUAGAGGACUCCUAGAAAGGUGAGCUGUUGAUGUCUAUGGGUUGAAGGGUUCAUUCAUUCAUUUAUUCAUUCAUUAUUCAGACAGGGCCGUAUUCUCCCGUGCGUGUAAGGCUAAGUUAAGACUAAAGGAUUUCAGCUCUGAUUUUUAUAUGAGGUAUGCCGUAAAGCAGUCGAAUUUUGUAGUUCUUUUUGUGCUCGGGUUACUACCCGCACCCAGAAGUUCCGUAGUGCCAGUAAAAACGAUACAGACCCCGUCAGGCUAUGGCAUACGUGUCAUUCAACCUGUUGUAAGUCGAUGUACGAUAUUAUAAAGGUUGAAAAACUCCAUAGUGUUGCUUUAAGCUGUGCUUUAUAUGAGUCUCUCAGAAGUAAAGAUGUGGAGGUAUUUAUCACUCUGUAAAUCUGUGUGUGCGCAAAUGAUCAGGGAUGCAAACACGGCGCUUUUCGGCGCCUCCCGCUUUUUUCACGUCAGUUUGGGUGACUUGUGUGAAUCGUGCAGAUCCGAAGAGUUUUUUUUUUAAUGGGGGCUGAUCAUCAAGGAUGCUUUCCGGCGACUCUAGCUUUUUUCACGUCAUCUACCGCAGGCUACAAGAGGAACCAGAGCGUUUCUCAUAUAUAUUGGGUUAAUGUGCUUCUGAUAACCUCCACUCAUCUUUGAUCAUGUAGCAAAGGAGCUGUAGUCUAUCGUUCUGAUAGCAGCUAAGACAAUAUAGGCUCCGUUAGGAGGCAACUCUCUCAGUUCGCGCUCUUACCUCCGCAGUAUAGCUACUUCAGGUGGAAGUUUUAACACGCAACACGCUGCUAUCUGACUGAUCAUCCGGAACCGUACAAUAAUAAAAUUAUUCCUGUCAGUGACCUAGGCCUAGUAUUUAAUGUUAUGUGGGAAUUGCAAGAAUACGGGUAAAAACUAUUCCUUACUUCAACCACGGAAUUGCGUGUGUCAUUAAUUAAAACGGUAGGAAAACUGAAUGAAAGAAGGCGCCGUUAAUCAACAAAAACGGCACAGAGUCAAAACGUAGGCCUAAUUUAAAGUCCCAGACAUUUAAAGGGACAGCGAUCACUCAAGACAUAGGCCUACAACACGAGUGACGAACAUGAAAUGCUUUGAAUAGCCUACUAAAAAAACACUGCAUUUAUAUGACAACUGCGUAUAGAACCAUUCUAAUCUAGCUAAUGGUAAAUUAAGUAUAUAGCAUUCACAUAUAAAGCAUUCAAUAGCCUGAUGAAAACUUGUUCAGUCAGUUAAAUUGCUCUCAUAAAAGGAACAGCAGGCCUACAGAAUAUUCCAAAUAGGCUAGUUUCCUUUCACUUCGACUGCAACAUAUGAGUUAAACCAUGUUCAAUUCAAAAGCAUCUGGCAAGUGACAGGAGGUUUUAGGGGAGGAAAAGAGAAAAAAAGUGUGUUACCUGAUUCCACAGUCAAUGUUCAGUAUUUGGCCUAUAAUUAAGCCUAUAAUAUUUGGCAUUUUUGAAUCCAUGAAAAUUAAUCAAAAUCUAUAAUUUCCUAUGAACAACAGACCCCAGUAACACAUGGAAUUGCUAAAAAUUUUGAAGGAUCGAAAAUAAUCCAAUCAUUGGCUUAAAGAAUCAAUAUUGUAUCGAAUUGUGAUUAAACUUGUGAUUUACACCCCUAUAUGGCAUCCUUACAAUUAGGAAAGGUUUUUGGGAAGUAUUUCUCAUGCAAGCACUGUGCAACCAUGCUGAGUAAUGCAAUGAAAUCAUUGUAAUAGUUUGCAAUUUUGCAUUAGUAAAGCAGUCCACCGAUGUGCAUGUUUUCACUUACUGCUUUAUUUUCAAUUGUGCAACAACAAGACCAUAACAAUGAUAAUGGUUUUAUAUAUCCAUAAAGAUACAUUUCUGGAACUA